AUGUGGUCUAACCAAAAGAAAAACAACAAGUGUCUACUCUCUCCAAGACAAAUCGCAAACAAGGCUUAUACAUUAGCUAUCAAGAAACUGGAUCGUGAUGACAAAAGACGCCGUCCUCAAUACACUGUUCGAGAAAGAUUAUUAUUGUCUAAUACAAUGGCAAAAGCAGAAGAUAUUUUAAACAAAAAGGCUCAAACAAAGAGCGCUAUUCUAUUACCUGCAAAAUGUGAAGAAGAUACCUUACCUCCUGUCUCCAAACAAUGUAAAUCAGAAAACAUUGCUGUUGUGCAACCAAACCAUCAUGAGCAGCAACCUCAAAUUAGCCAAGACGAAUCUAAACUCUUGGCUGUUUCUAUGGUCGCCAUUGCUGCUGCUGUCGUUUAUUCCUCUAUUCAACAAAAAGAUACAUUCAUUCAAUACAGCGCACCUCCUGCUGUUAUUCAUCAUACCAACAAUACCAUGACAACCAUAAUUUAA